CUACCACGCUGUUUUUCGUUCUUAUAGAAAUAAAAGUUUGUCAAGGAAGAUGGCACACGACCGAGCUGUUCCUGAGUGCCGCUGAAGUCUCGUCUGUCGGAGAGACAAAAUUCCAACUCUCUCUCUCUCUCUCUCUCUCUCUCUCUUAUAUGGAAAAGAGAGAGACGCCGGCCUCCAGAAAUCGGCUCCCGCAGUCCUUUACGUCUUCCGGCGCCGAGGGGAUUAGGAAUGGGUAGUUUUUCUUGACGAUUUGAGAGUAGGAAAAAGCCGUGUUGGGGCUGGUGGCAGUUGACCCGGGGGGGAAGGGCAAAUUGCGCCGGCAGAUGAUUAUGGAGCCGCGAGUCACCGGAUUCUCCGGCUCCCCGAGCGCCUUAAUGUUCGACAACGAGACCCUCUUGCCAUUUCCGGAUCAGCGCGCGAACUUGGCGUAUGGGUUCGGUCGCGACGGCCAGUCUCGGGAUGUUGGCUUCGUGGACAAACCCUUCUUUCCUUCCGACCCUAGGUAUUGCGAUUCUGCUCCGUCUUCGCUCGUGAGUGUGGAGGCGGAUUUCCCGUCCGAGGAUAGCGACUUCUCGGAGACUGUGUUCAGGUACAUAAAUCAAAUGCUUUUGGAGGAGGACAUGGAGGAGAAGUCCUCUAUGUCUCAUGACCCUUUGGCUCUCCAGGCGGCUGAGAAGUCGCUCCAUGAAGCUCUUGGCGAGACGUGCCGGUCUGAAGCGACCCCGUCCCCUCCAUUCAUGGAGAGUCCAGACAAUAAUUAUUUGGGAAACAGUAAUGACUAUGGUAAGAGCAGCCCUUCUAGGAAUACCGGCGGCAGCAACUUUGCUGAUCAUCAAUGGCUCGGUGAUUUUGGGGAUGGAAGAAAUUAUAUGCGGCGAUCUUCUGACAUAGGAGACUUCAUUUUUCAGUCCACUGUGAAUGCUCAUGUUCAACCAUCCUCUUCCUUACCAAACAGCUUCCUGAGUAAUGGUAAUAGGACGAAUGCAUCAUUAGGGAGUGGCCCUUUGUUCCCUAACUUCUUGACCGGGAGCCAAUCAGUAUUGCAGUUCCAGAGAGGUGUGGAGGAAGCUAGCAAAUUUCUUCCCAAAGUGACACAGUUAGUUAUUGAUCUGGAGAAAAGCAGCGUAAACUCAUGGUCUAAGGAAAAGAAAUCACUGAAUGUGGUUAACUUGGAGGAGGAUGAAAGUGACCUUUUGCCUCUCGGUGGAAUUAGGGGAAAGAAGAACCACCAGAGGGAGGAUUCAGAAUUUGAAGAUGAGAGGAGUAACAAGCAGACAGCAGUGUAUGUUGAUGACAUCGACACCGAGCUAUCCAAGAUGAUGGAUAAAAUGCUUCUCCUUAAAAUUAAAGGCAGGAGUCGAGAUUCAAAUACUGAUGAAUCCUCUGAAAAAGAAGUAAAUGAAUCUUUACAGCAGAGUAGACGGACACAAGCUUCUGAUGGUGGGAAGUUUCAUGAUAUCACACCAACCCCAACCAGCAAUGUGACAGAGAUGGUGGAUCUCAGAACUUUGUUGAUCCUUUGUGCGCAAGCUGUCUCUUCUGACGAUCGAAGGACUGCUGAUGACUAUCUAAAGCAGAUUUGGCAGCAUGCUUCCCCUUUUGGUGACGGAUCUCAGAGGUUGGCACAUUACUUCGCCAAUGGCCUCGAGGCACGCUUAGGAGGCACUGGUUCUCAGAUCUAUGCUGCUCUAGGUUCUAAAAAAACAUCAGCGGUCGAUAUUUUGAAAGCGCACCAUCUUUGUCGUAUGGCCUGCCCGUUUCAGAAAAUGGCAAUUGUCUUUGCGAACUAUAUGAUCAUGGAUUUAGCUGAGAAAGCAACAACGCUUCAUAUUAUCGACUUUGGAAUAUUAUAUGGUUUCCAAUGGCCAGUUGUCAUCUUUCUUCUCUCCAGGAGGACAGGCGGGCCACCCAAACUGCGUAUUACAGGGAUAGAGUUUCCCCAGCGUGGUUUUCGACCAGCAGAAAGAGUUCAGGUGACAGGACGCCACUUGGCAAAGUUGUGCAAGCAAUUCAAUGUUCCAUUUGAGUACAAUGGAAUUGCUCAGGAAUGGGAUACUAUCAAAAUCGGGGAUCUCAAAAUAAGGAAGGGCGAGACCAUUGCUGUGAAUACCAUGUUUCGGUUUAAAAAUCUCCUUGAUGAGACGGUUGUCUUGAAUAAUCCCAGGGAUUCUGUUCUGAAUUUAAUCAGAAAAAUAAGGCCGCAUCUCUUUGUGCAGGCCAUUGUCAAUGGAUCUUUUAGUGUCCCCUUCUUUGUAACAAGGUUCCGUGAGGCUCUCUUUCACUACUCUGCAUUGUUUGAUGCAUUUGAUACUAAUUUAGAGAGGUAUAACCGGAUGAGACUGAUGUAUGAGAAAGAGUUCUUUGGCCGAGAAGCUAUAAAUGUCAUUGCAUGUGAGGGGACGGAGAGGGUUGAGAGGCCGGAGACAUAUAAGCAAUGGCAGGUUCGCAAUAAGAGGGCUGGGUUCAAGCAAUUGCCACUGGCCCCAGCACUUAUGAAGAAAUUGCGAUCUAAGUUGGGGGAGUUCCCUGAUGAUUUCGUGGUUGAUGAAGAUGGCCACUGGAUGCUGCAGGGGUGGAAGGGCCGAAUCCUGCGUGCUUCAUCUUGUUGGGUACCCACCUAGGACUUUGAUGAGCUUGUUUCUAUGAGUCAUCUACCAGAUGGACGUGACUCAGUACUCAGCGAAGGCAUCCUUAUUUGCAGAAAAGAGCGUGAAUUUGUGGAGCUGAUGCUUGUGAUCUUUGUUUUUUUUUUUUUUUUUUUUUGACAAUACUAGAGUAGAAAACAUUCAUUGGGCUUUCUUGCGGGUGAGGUAUUGAUUGGGCGGUCCUUGUUGAGCCACAAUCAUUGCUUCGGUAGGACAUAAACAGCUAUACUUUUAUAGCUGCUUGCUUUUCUAACGGUUAGUGGCAGAAUCUGGGUUCACACCAUUACAUUAGGGGGAUGUACUUCUUUCAUAGACAGUAUUCAGCAGAAUCUGUAUGAUAUAUCUUUAUAAUUGAAUUCCUUCAUGCA